UGGCACCCCGGGGUCCCCUCCUCGCACUCCCGGUGCCCCCCAGUCCCCUCCUUGCACCCUGAGACUCUUCCUUGUCCCCCAAGGUCCCCGGCUUGCACCCUAAAAUUCCCGUUUGCACCCCAAAAUAAACCUCUCCUUGUGGCCGGCAGGUCCCUGUUGGCACUCUGAGGUCCCCCGAGGUCCCUGCUUGCACCCUGCUUGUCCCCCGAGGUCCCGGCUUGUCCCCCCAGGUCCCGGCUUGUCCCCCCAGGUCCCCACUUGCCCCCCAGCCCGAGCAGGCGGCGCCCAUGGAGUUCUCGGAGCUGAUCAAGACGGCGACAGUGGAGGACGUGCUGCUGUCGCGACAGGGGCUGCCCGCGGUGCGGGGCACGCUGUGCAUCACCAGCCACCACCUGCUGCUCUCCUCCUGCCCCCGCGGCGAGCUGGAGCUCUGGCUGCUCAUCCGCAACGUGGACGCCGUGGAGAAAAGGGUCGCCGGCUCCUCGGGCACCAUCACGCUGCGCUGCAAGGACCUGCAGGUGCUGCAGCUGGAGAUCCCGGGCAUGGAGGAGUGUCUGAACAUCGCCAGCUCCAUCGAGGCUCUCUCCUCGGUGGACUCGGUGAUGAUGCUGUACCCGUUCUUCCACCGCCCUCCGAGCCUGCGGCUGCAGCAGGGCUGGCACCUCCGUGUCCCCGAGCGCCACUUCCAGCGGGUCGCCUCGCAGACGAGCCAGUGGCGGCUGAGCACCGUGAACCGCGACUUCAGCGCCUGCCCCUCGUACCCGCCCGCCGUGAUCGUGCCCGCGGCCGUGGCCGAUGACACCGUGGCACGGGCGGCGCGGUUCCGGCAGGGCGGGCGCUUCCCCGUCCUCAGCUACUUCCACCCCAAAACCGGCACCGCCCUGCUCCGCAGCAGCCAGCCCCUGACAGGACCCAACCGCCGGCGCUGUCGUGAGGACGAGCAGCUCCUGGGGACAAUCCUGGGCGAGGGCGAGCGCGGCUUUGUCCUCGACACCCGCUCGGCGCAGGCGGCCAAGCAGGCGCGGAUCAGCGGCGGCGGCACCGAGCCCAGGUCCGGCUACCCGCGCUGGAGGCGGCUGCACCGCGCCCUGGAGAGGGGCCGCCCGCUGCAGGACAGUUUCUCCCGGCUGGCGGAGGCGUGCGCGGAGCCCGCUGUGACCGUGGAGCGCUGGCUGGGCCGCCUGGACAGCAGCCGCUGGCUCAGCCACGUCAAGGCCGCCCUGAGCACGGCCUGCCUGGCUGCCCAGUGCCUGGACAGGGAGGGCUGCACGGUGCUGGUGCACGGCGCCGAGGGCACGGACAGCACGCUGCUGGUGACGGCGCUGGCCCAGCUCAUCCUGGACCCCGCCUGCCGCACCCUGGAGGGCUUCCAGGGGCUGCUGGAGCGGGAGUGGAUCCAGGCCGGGCACCCCUUCCAGGUGCGCUGCGCCCGCUCCGCCUCCUCCCACGCCCGGGGCAAGCAGGAGGCGCCGCUUUUCCUGCUCUUCCUGGACUGCGUGUGGCAGCUGAGCCGGCAGUUCCCCUUCUCGCUGGAGUUCGGGGAGCAGCUGCUGCUCACCCUCUUUGACAACGCCUACGCCUCGGCCUACGGCACCUUCCUGUGCAACAACGAGAGGGAGAGGAGCCUGUGUAAGGUGAAGGAAAGCACCCACUCGCUGUGGGCAUGGCUGAACCAGCCUGAGGAGAGGCACAAGUACCUGAACCCCCUGUACUCACACAACCCCUUGGUGAUCUGGCCCUCCGUGGAGCCCCAGAGCAUCCAGCUGUGGCAGGGUUUUUUCCUUCGUUGGAUCCGUCCCUCCCAGCACCUGGAGGAGGCCUGGGGGGAGAUCCGGAGGUUGGUGCAGGGAAACAGCUCCUCCCUCCAGGAGAGCACGGGGAAAAGGCCGAGCCAGCCCCUCCCUGAGCCCCCUGCUGGGACAGGGGACGGGAAAGUGGGGACAGCAGGGACAAGGUGACACUGGAUCUUCCCGUGGAAGGGCUGUGCAGGACACGGACCCCGUGGGCAGCUCUGGGCCAGGGGACAGAGCUUUCCCAGCCUUCACCCUGAGCUCCUUUCAGUAAAUCUCUCUCCCAGCU